AUGAGACUGCAAGAACUUGUCUUUUACAUUGGCGAUCAAUUAUUUCUCCCUAUUAGCAAAAGGAGGCAUUGCAAUCUUCGUUUGAACCUCACGCAUGAGCUCCACACACUAAAACCUUCUACCCCGCUGUCUAAACUCUUGGGGAGGAAAGACCCAGCUGCAUUUGCAGGUUUUCUUGCUCUCUCUUCAAAGCUAAAGUCUCUUCUUGUUGGGAUUCAAGUUCAUGGUGAAAUCAUCAAGUCGGGAUUCUCUGAGGAUACUUUUUCACAAAAUAAUUUGAUUAUAAUGUACUCCAAAUGUGGAGCUUUUAGUAAUUGUAUUAAGGUAUUUGAUGAAAUGCGUGAAAGAAACGCUUUUUCUUGGACUUCCAUGAUCUCGGGUGCCAUCCAAAAUGAAGAAUUUGAAAUGGGUCUUGAGAUUUAUAUGGAUAUGGUGAGGUCUGGGUUUGGAACGAAUGAAUUUGCUCUAGGAAGUGUUCUGAAAGGGUGUGCAAAUCUGGGGGCCGUCGAAUUUGGUUCUUUGGUUCACUGUGUUGCUUUGAAGAUGGGAAUGGAUAUGAAUGCUUUCGUUGGUAGCUCGAUUCUGUACAUGUAUGCAAAAUAUGGGGAUCUUGAAUCUGCCAUCCGAGUGUUUGAGAGUAUGGACAAUUGCGACGUUGGUUGUUGGAAUGCCAUGAUUGGGGGCUAUGCACUUAAUGGUUGUUUCCACGAAGCUAUGAAACUUGUAUUUCUGAUGCACCGGAAAGGAAUAAUCAUGGACCAGCUCACUUUUAUUAAUGCUCUCAAGGGGUGCUCAAUGUCGGGUGGCUUGAACUUAGGGAGACAGAUUCAUGGAUUGAUGGUUCGAAGUAAAUUGGAGUGCACUCCUGGAAUUAAUUCUCUUAUGUAUAUGUACUUUAAAACUGGUGAACAUGACUCUGCAUUGAAGCUUUUCAAUAAGAUGGAAGAGAGAGAUAUUAUAUCUUGGAAUACUGUAUUUUCUGGGUUUUCUGAAGACGAGAAUGUAGGAGAGGUUGUGGGCAUGUUUUCUAGAAUGUUAUUAACAGGGGUGAUGCCUAAUCAUGUUACGUUCUCAAUAUUAUUUAGGCUAUGUGGCACAGUGCUUCAUCUUGGGCUUGGACUUCAGCUCUAUUGUCUUGUUUUCCAUCUUGGACUUGGCAAUGAGGCCCUUGUUGUGAACUCUCUCAUCAAUAUGUUCUCUGUAUGUGGGGCUUUGGAAUGUGCUCAUUUUGUUUUUUACAGUGUCCCUUGCAAAAACACAAGUACAUGGAAUGAGAUUAUAUUAGGGUGUAAUUUGAACUGCUGUACCAUGGAAGCACUAAAGCAUUUCUGUAGUUUAUGGAAUGCUGGAGUUGAAGCAAAUGAGUGUACCUUCUCCAGCAUUUUGUUGGCUUGUUCUAGAACUGAACAUCAAGAAAUUUGUAGGCAAAUACAUGGUUCUAUAAUCAAGUCUGGCUUUGGUUUCCAUGCAUUUGUUUGUAGUUCACUUAUUAAUGCUUAUGCAAGAUAUGGACUAGUGGAUGAUUUGUAUAAGAUUUUUUAUGGAAUUAGAAGAUUAGAUUUGGCAUGUUGGGGUGCUAUGAUUUCUGCACUUGUGCAGGGAGGCUGCAGCUAUGAAGCACUAGAAUUUCUCAACUGCCUUAAACAGGCUGGUGAGAAACUUGAUGAGUUUAUAUUGGGUAGUUCUUUAAAUGCAUGUGCAAAUAUCACUUCCAAUCAACAAACCAGAUGCAUCCAUUUGCUUGCAAUGAAAACCGGAUUUGAGAACCAUGUAUAUGUAGCAAGUGCAAUUAUAGAUGCUUAUGCAAAAUGUGGGGACAUUGAAAGCUCAAGGCUGGAAUUUGAUCAGUUCAGUGGAGAAGAUGAUGUUAUCCUUUUUAAUACUAUGAUUAUGGCUUAUGCGCAUCAUGGGCUAGUAAUGGAAGCAACUGAAAUCUUCAAGAAAAUGAAGUCUUCUAGCCUACAGCCUAGCCAUGCCACUUUUGUUUCAGUCAUUUCAGCUUGUAGUCAUUUGGGGCUUGUUGAUCAAGGUCAGAGGUUCUUUGAUUCCUUGAUCUCAGAUUAUGGAAUGGAACCUUCUGCAGAGAUCUUUGGUUGCUUAGUUGAUUUGUUUUCAAGAAAUGGAUUCCUUGAAGAAGCUAAAUAUGUGAUUCAAAUGAUGCCCUUUGACCCUUGGCCCUCUAUUUGGAGAUCUUUUCUAAGUGGCUGUAGGAUUCAUGGGAAUAAAGCAUUGGCAGAAUGGGCUACACGGCAUUUACUUGAGUUGGUUCCAAAAAGUGAUGCAGCCUAUGUCUUGUUGUCAAAGGUUUAUUCUGAAGGGGGUUAUUGGGAAGAUGCCUCGAAGAUUAGGAAGAGAAUGAAAGAGAAAGGAGUUCAAAAAGAGCCAGGGUAUAGUUGGAUAGAGAUAUAG